UGACAAGACAGGUCUGAAAGUAUGCAGUAUCUAACGAUAAAUAUUUGAUUAUUUUCUAGUCUAAGCCACCCAUAUAUUUAAAACCUUGAUCAGCUACAAGAAAGAAAAAUGAGAUGAGAACAUCUAUGGAUUACAUUUCCGUACUUGUUCUUUGCUUCUCUUUAUUGCUGAUUCUAGAAACAGCUACGGCCAUUGACACCAUAAACACAACUCAGUCCAUUAGAGAUGGUCAGACCCUAAUUUCAGCUGAUGGAACCUAUGUGUUAGGAUUUUUCAAGCCUGGCAAAUCCAAAAGUAGAUACUUGGGGAUAUGGUUUGGCAAAAUAUCUGUCGUGACUGCUGUCUGGGUUGCCAACAGAGAAACACCCCUUAAUGAUUCAUCAGGCGUUUUAAGGCUUACCAACAAAGGAAGUCUUGUCCUUCUCAAUAGCAGUGGGAGCAUAAUUUGGUCUUCCAACACAUCGAGAUCACCUGCGAGGAAUCCAGUUGCACAACUUCUUGAUUCAGGAAAUCUUGUUGUGAAAGAGGAGGAUGAUGAUAUCCUGGAAAAUUCUUUGUGGCAGAGUUUCGAACAUCCAACUGAUACAUUAUUGCCUGAAAUGAAGCAGGGAUGGAACAAAAUAACAGGAAUGGACUGGUCAUUGACAUCAUGGAAGUCAUCUGAUGAUCCUGCCAGAGGCCAUUUUAUAGAUAUGCUUUCUCCUAAUGGGUAUCCGGAGAUACAAGUGAUCGAGGAUUCAAAAGUGAAAUAUCGGUCUGGACCAUGGAAUGGUCUCCGGUUUAGUGGCUCAAAUCAAUUAAAACAGAAUCCCAGGUACACAUUCGAAUUUGUUUAUAAUGAGAAUGAGACAUUUUACAGAUAUCAUCUUGUCAACAACUCAAUGCUUUGGAGGCUUGUGAUCAGUCCAGAAGGCGAUCUCCAGCGCUUCACAUGGAUUGAUCAAACACAAAGUUGGUUGCUUUUUAGCACAGCAAAUACUGAUAAUUGUGAACGUUAUGCCCUAUGUGGUGCAAAUGGUAUCUGCAGUAUUCAAAACUCUCCAAUGUGUGAUUGCUUGCAUGGAUUUGUACCCAAAAUUCGAAGUGAUUGGGAAGCCACUGAUUGGUCUAGUGGUUGUGUUAGAAGAACUCCAGUAAAUUGUUCUGUAGAUGGGUUUCAAAAGGUCUCUGGGGUGAAGUUACCUCAGACGAACACAUCAUGGUUUAACAAGAGCAUGAAUCUCGAGGAAUGCAAGUACAUGUGCUUGAAGAACUGCAGCUGUACAGCAUAUUCAAACUUGGACAUCAGGGAUGGAGGAAGUGGUUGCUUGCUCUGGUUUGGCGACCUUGUUGUUACUAGAGUAUUUAGUCAAAAUGAACAGGAUAUUUAUAUAAGGAUGGCUGCUUCAGAACUAGAUAACGGUUAUGGUGCAAAGAUUGAAACGAAAGCCAAUGAGAAGAAAAGGAUCAUACUAAGCGUUGUGUUGUCUACAGGAAUUCUGUUCCUUGGCCUGGCCCUGGUCUUUUAUGUUUGGAAAAGGCAUCAGAUGAAAAACAGAAAAAUGACUGGUGUUUCGGGAAUAAGUUCAAAUAACAACCACAAGAACAAAGAUCUGGAAUUAUUGUUGUUUACAAUAGAUACCUUGGCUUCUGCAACAAAUAACUUUUCUCUUAACAAUAUACUGGGAGAAGGAGGAUUCGGACAUGUUUAUAAGGGGACACUGAAAGAUGGACUUGAAAUAGCUGUGAAGAGGCUCUCUAAGAGUUCCAGACAAGGCCUCGAUGAGUUCAAAAAUGAAGUCAGGCAUAUAGUGAACCUUCAGCACCGGAAUCUAGUGAAGCUUCUAGGAUGCUGCAUUGAAGGAGAGGAAAAGAUGUUGAUUUACGAGUUCUUGCCUAACAAAAGCUUGGACUUCUUUAUUUUUGAUGACACACGGAGCAUGCUAUUAGAUUGGCCUAAGCGUUACAAUAUUAUCAAUGGGAUUGCUCGUGGACUACUUUAUCUUCACCAAGAUUCAAGAUUAAGAGUAAUUCACAGAGAUCUAAAAGCCAGCAAUAUUUUAUUAGAUUACAACAUGCACCCAAAAAUUUCAGACUUCGGGCUGGCGAGAGGUGUUGAAGGAAAUGAAACUGAAUCCAAAACAAGGAAAGUGGUGGGGACAUAUGGCUACAUAUCUCCAGAAUAUGCAUUCCAUGGACUCUACUCAUUAAAAUCAGAUGUCUUCAGCUUUGGUGUGUUGGUGUUAGAGAUAGUGAGUGGCAACAGGAAUAGAGGAUUCUAUCAUCCAGAUCACCAACUCAACCUACUUGGACAUGCUUGGACACUGUUUAAUGAAGGCAGGCCAUUGGAACUGAUUGCGAAAUCGACGAUUGAAACAUGCAAUUUAUCUGAAGUGCUACGUGUGAUUCAAGUGGGGCUAUUAUGCGUGCAAGAAAGUCCUGAAGAUAGGCCAAGCAUUUCGUAUGUGGUUUUGAUGCUAGGUAAUGAAGAUGAAUUGCCUCAGCCUAAACAGCCGGGUUAUUUUACUGCAAGGGACGUUAUUGAAUCGAGUAAUCUGCCAAGCCACAGCAAACGAUAUUCAACAAACGAUUGCUCGAUUUCACUGGUAGAGGGACAACAGCAUUCACACAAAGAGGCCGUUUUCUCGCAUAAACUUCUAAGAUGGGAAGUCCAUUUCAGAGACCAUACGAGUAAAACAUUGAAAAAUAAUAGAAAUUUUGGACUUAUCAUUAUUCUAAUUCAUCACUUGCUCACCAAAAAUCAAAGUAAAAGAAGGCAAGAAAUAAAAGUUUAUUCAUUCAUUACCAUGACAAAGUUCACUGCAGCAAAAAUUAUGAGUGCAUGUGUAGAUAGCACUUCUGCACUUCUUUACAUCUCUAUUUUGUUGCUGAUCAUUAAAAUAUCCACUGCAAUUGACACCAUAAAUACAACUCAAUCCAUCAGAGAUAUCGAUGGAGACAGCAUGGUCUCCGCUGAUGGGAGCUUUAAAAUGGGAUUUUUCAGCCCAGGCAGCUCCAAAAACCGAUACUUGGGUAUAUGGUUCAACAAGGUAUCCGUCAUGACUGUAGUUUGGGUUGCCAACAGGGAAAUCCCCCUCACCAAUUCAUCAGGUGUGUUAAGGGUUACUGGCGAGGGACUUCUAGUCCUUCUCAAUCACAACGAGAGCAUCAUUUGGUCUUCCAACGCCUCUAGGUCUGCAAGAUUUCCAGUAGCACAGCUUUUGGAUUCAGGGAAUCUUGUUGUCAAAGAAGAGGAUGAUAAUGACCUGGAAAACUCCUUGUGGCAAAGUUUCGAUUAUCCAUGUGAUACACUCCUGGCAGGGAUGAAGAUGGGAAGGAAUUCAAUAACAGGCUUUGAUCGGCACUUGACAUCGUGGAAGACAACUGACGAUCCAUCUAGAGGUAACUUUACUUUUAGAUUUGAUCCUAGUGGAUAUCCUGAGCAAAUUCUGACAGAGAAUUCAAUUCGGCGGUAUCGGUCUGGACCCUGGAAUGGCCUGCGUUUUGGUGGUCCUCAAUUACGGCCAAACCCUGUAUACAAAUACGAGUUUGUUUUUAAUGACAAGGAGAUUUUUUUCAGAUACCAGCUUCUUAACAAUUCAAUUCUUUCAAGGCUAGUGCUAACUCAAACUGGGGACGUCCGGCGUUUAACAUGGAGCGAUGAAACAGGCAUCUGGGCGUUUUACCUUACACUAAUUGUUGAUGAUUGUAACCGAUAUGCAUUGUGUGGUGCAUAUGGGAGCUGUGAUAUUAACAACUCCCCAGCAUGUGGUUGCUUGAAAGGAUUUCUACCGAAAGUUCCAAGAACUUGGGACAUGAUGAACUGGUCAGAUGGUUGUGCUAGAAGGACUCCACUGAACUGCACAGGAGAUGUGUUUCAAAGGUAUUCUGGCGUAAAGCUGCCAGAGACGAGAAAAUCGUGGUUUAAUAAGAGCAUGAAUCUUGAGCAAUGCAAGAGCUUGUGUAUGAAGAACUGCUCAUGUACAGCUUAUGCAAAUCUGGACAUCAGGGAAGGAGGAAGUGGGUGCCUGCUCUGGUUCAGUGACUUGAUUGAUAUUAGACAAUUUAAUGAUAACGGGCAGGACAUUUAUAUAAGGAUGGCUGCAUCAGAACAAGAUCACAAUGAUGAAGAGGGGACUAAAUCCAAUAAAACGAAACAUACGAGGAUCAUAGUGAUCUCUGUGGUAUCAGCAGGAAUGCUGCUUCUAGGCAUAGUCUUGGUUCUACUUGUUCGGAAAAAGAAGCAGCAGAAGGGCAGAAAAGUGACAGGUAUUCUUGAAGGAAGGAGAGAUGAUACCUGCAAGGAGGAUCCAGAACUUCAGCUGUUUGAUUUGGGUACAAUUACUUGUGUCACCAAUAACUUUUCUCUUACCAAUAAACUAGGAGAAGGGGGUUUCGGACCUGUUUAUAAGGGAAUACUAGAAGAUGGACAAGAAAUAGCUGUGAAGAGGCUGUCGAAGAGCUCAAGACAAGGACUUGAUGAGUUCAAGAAUGAGGUCAUGCAUAUUGCAAAACUUCAACACCGGAAUCUGGUUAAGCUUUUGGGAUGCUGCAUGGAAGCAGAUGAAAGGAUGUUGAUUUACGAGUUCAUGCCUAAAAAAAGCUUGGACAUCUUUAUUUUUGAUCGAACACAUAGCGCACUACUGGACUGGCCACAGCGCUAUCACAUUAUCAACGGGAUUGCUCGUGGACUUCUUUAUCUUCACCAAGAUUCACGACUAAGAAUAAUCCACAGAGAUUUGAAGGCCAGCAAUAUCUUAUUAGAUAACAGCAUGAACCCAAAAAUUUCAGACUUUGGCCUCGCUAGAAGUUUUGAAGAAAAUGAAACUGAAGCCAACACAAAAAGGGUGGUGGGAACAUAUGGCUACAUAUCACCUGAGUAUGCAAUUGAUGGGAUCUACUCAGUAAAAUCUGAUGUCUUCAGCUUUGGUGUAUUGGUGCUAGAGAUUGUGAAUGGGAACAGGAAUAGACGAUUCUGUCACCCAGACCACAACCUCAACCUUCUUGGCCACGCAUGGAGACUAUUUACAGAAGGCAGGUCUUCUGAACUAAUUACUGAGCCAAUAGCAGAAUCAUGCAAUUUAUCAGAAGCGCUUCGUUCAAUUCAUGUGGGUCUAUUAUGCGUACAAUGCCAUCCAAAUGAUAGGCCAAGCAUGUCAUCUGUGGUUUUAAUGUUGAGUGGUGAAGGUAAAUUGCCUCAGCCAAAACAACCAGGUUUCUUUACUGAAAGGACUUUGGUUGAAGCAAAUUCUUCAUCAGUAAAGAACACAUCAUGUUCAGUCAAUGAUUCCACCAUAACCCUAUUAGAGGCAAGAUAGAAUUUUUUUUUUUUUUUUGUCACUGUAUAUUUUGUUUCUUGUCAUGUUCACAGAAACUAUUGUUCUUUUUAGGCUCAUUCGUCUCUGCUAUUUGUAUGGAUUAUUGGGUCUAUGUACGAAAACGACAGUUAGA